GAGUUCGAGGUUCUGGCCCAGCUGCGUCUCCUGCAGUCCGUGUGCCGCAACUACAGUUCUCCCCACAGUCACAGUCUCUCCUGUGAGAUCGAACUCCCUGGGGAGGCCCCAACCCCCCAGCGGCCCCUGAAGCCCACCCUGGUCAUCACCCACUGCACAGAGCUGCUGAGCUCCGUGGGGAACCCCCUGGUCUCCUGGGAGGGGCCCCCCGGCUGCAGCCCCGACCUGCUGCCGCCCCCCCGUGGCCCCACACAGCUGCUGUCUCGCCUGGCACAGCACAUGAAGUGGCCAUCAGCCUCCGCGCUGGACGCAGCUCCUGACGAUGUGGCUUCCUUGGCCGGGGGCCUCUCGCCCCCCACCCCCACCGGGGGGGGCUUUCCCCGGGGCCACCGGCGCUCGGCUUCAUGCGGCUCGGCCUUCCCUGCCCCUCCCACCCUGGAGCCCGGGGCCCCCCCCUCCGACUGCUGCAUCAUCCGCGCCCGCAUGGCCCUGCACAACGGCAGCCUCUACAAGAGCAUCCUGGUGACCAGCCAGGACAAGACCCCGUCUGUCAUCGCCAAGGUGCUGGAGAAGCACGGCCAGGAGCGGGGGGCAGCCCCCCAAUUCCAGCUGGUCCAGCUGCUGCCUGAGGGGAAAGAGCUGACCUUCCCGCCUACAGCCAACGUCUUCUACGCCAUGAAUGGCUCCAGCUUGGACUUUGUGCUGCGCCCCAAGGGCCCCGGGGAGCCUCCUCUGCCCCCCCAGCGCUGCCCCCCGCAGGGCUGAGCUCAGCGCCACCUUCCCCAAAAUCAAGGCCACCGGCCGCAAGCUCGCCAGGGCCCUCUUCUGAGGGCGAACCUCAAAACCGCCCUGGGGCUUCCUGGGCCUGGAGGAAAGGCAGUGACCUGCGCCCGGGCUGUGGGGAAGGGAAUUGGAGCCACACAGUGCCUAGGGCUGUCUGCUUGGCCUGGGGCUGCCCUCAUCUCUCCUGGCAUCAGGGUCUGGUCUGCCCCAGCACUGUCCAGGGGGCAGCCUGCCCAGCCAGCGGCCUCAGGGCCAUGACCUAAGUGCCUUGAAAUGGGUGAUGUCCUGACAGCCCCUUCCCCGCCCCCCCAAGGCCAGGACCUACUUCCUGUCCACCCAGGAGCUACAGCUGGGGGUGGGCUGCCCCCAUGGGGGGCAGGGCAGUGACCCCCACUCUCCCACAGCAUGGUCUCACCCCUGCCAGAAGGACUCUGGGGGAGGCCAGGGGGGGUAACUCCCCGCUAGACAUGGGUGGGACGUGGGGUGCUCCCACUGGUGCUGAGAUGGCAGCUUCUCAGGGACUUGUCCCACCUGGAGGUGGGGGGGAAGUACUGUGUGAUCCAAGCCCUGCAGGGGCAGCUGAUCUCCC